CUCCGAUUUGUCUACCCGCGUGCCUUACGCACGCGUCUGUGACCGCAUCGAAUACCUUUACCUGUGCAAUUACAUUUACUGUACUCGCGGACACAGGCUGCCGAAAAAUACCACAUCAGCCCUAGUGAGAUCGUUUUCUUACAAGCUGAACUGAAUAACGCGUUUUACCUAGCGGUUUUUAUUACUGUUGCACUGCACUCGGUAUACUCGGAGUCCGUGCGUGAAACAUGUCGGAAACACCGGCGAUGACAUUACAUCGUAUUCCAAGAGCUAUACAGGGAAAUCGCUUUCGCGUGUAUUUACCCGACCGCUGAUGACGGCUACUAAAUACACCGCAACCAACCACCUUAUCCCCUCGAUGACUGCGACUCAUCAGUGUAUAUUCGUUUAUUAGAUUAUAAACGUAAUUUACUUCAUUGGUUGUUUCAUUGUAUGAGAUUUACGAUACGACUAUUAAAAAAUACAUGCAUUUCGUUCCAAAGUUUUUCUUUACGUGAUUUUCACGCGCUCCGUGUUCAUGUUCCAUUUGUAAUAUUUUUUAUUUGUAUAAAUCAUUACCGUCGCGUCCGCCCCGGCUCCGAAUCGCACACUCAACUGUUUUCGCCGUUUUUGGCCUCACGCGUAAUAACAGAAGGCAGAAGCGCUUCUUCAAGUGCUAAGAUAACGCGCGAGAUAAGUCAGGCAUCUAGUGGCUAUAUUUGUCAACUAUACAGCACCUUGACUAACUACUACUAUUGUUGCUGUGAUACAUUGACGAAGUUAUGUGUCUUAAAUUCAAUACACAAACACAAGUCUACCAAACCUAUGUCACAGAGCCCGAAGCAGGCAUCACAUUUAUUUCCGACGGCCAGAAAUUAAAAGAUGAGCUAUCAAUGACUCCAGAACAGUUAGAAAUCGUAUUCGAUACGCUGGAUGUUGAACAAAAGGGUUACCUUACAUUAGACCAAUUUUUGGAAAAAUUCAAAGACACUGCACCAAUGACUCUCCAAAAUAGUUGCUGGGUAGAACAGCAUGGUCCUGUUUUGUUCAAAUGUUCCUAUACAGAAGAUAUCCAAACAUUAUUGCAAACCAUUAAAGAUAUGAACAUAAUUAAGAUGAGCGUAGGACAUUUAGAAAACAUAUGUAAGGCUUCUCAACUGGAACGAAACAAUGCAGUAACUAUGAGCCGCAUCGAAGCGCUUCUCAAAGCACUAAUUAUGGAUUUGACUAAAAUCAUGGAUCACGACAAAGAACUAGAAGAUAUGCUACAAAGUCGGGAGGUCCAACAUCAAAAUAACAUGCAAAAACUUUUCGAAGAACUCGAAUCGCAUUUCCGUGAAGAACAAGAAAAUACCAAGCUCGAGGACCAACGGAAGUUCAAAUCAGAACUAACCGCAUUGGAGAACGAAUUGGUCGAUAAGGAGGAGAGACUUCGGGCUGCUAUAGCCACCAGGCAAGAAUUUGCGGGGCAACUAGUGGCAGCCCAGCAGCGGGAGUUGACGAUCAUGGCGGAAAAUGCUAAGCUCGCCGAAGCCCAAGAAAAACUGUUGAAUGAAUUGGACACAGAGCGAGCAAAAACAAGUCAGCUGGAGGAUAAUAUAAAGAGAGCCCAUAUCGAGUCUGCUAUGGAUAAAGAGAAACACUUCAAACAAGGAUUCUACGUGGCAAAAAAUUUGGUCUCUUUGAAAGAAGAAGGACUGAUGCAGCAGCUGGAAAUCCUUCAGAACAUGAAAAGCGUCCUUAUGGAAUGACGCUAGAUACCACUAACAGCAUUCAACCUGCAAACACACUAUAUCCUGUGAAUAUUAUCCAAUUACUAUCGACUAUUUACACACACUAGUCACGGUAACAGUUUAAUGGUUGCAAAAUUAAGUUUAUAAUAAUUAAUAAUAAUUAACCUACUAUACAUUAUUAUGAUGCUAUAUGAUGUACAUAAUAAAAUCGCCUGUAUUAAUAAAUAUUGUUAAUUGUUACCUAUGUCAUUUCUGUGGGAAAUAGAAAUAAAUCAAUUGAGAGACACCA